AUGCCUAAAACAGGGCUGAAGGAAAAGACGAAGCGGUCGACCAAGCAGUCCCCGCUCGAGACAGCCAAGUUCCACCCGGAAGAUUUAGAUGUCGAUAUGAAUGAUGAGACAAGUUCUGACGAGGAGAGCGAGCCUGAGAAGGAUGAGGCCGAGAAGAAGCUUGAGCGCAUGCUGUUCGGCGACGAUGAGGGGUUCAUGGGCGCAUUGAAGAACCAACAAGCCCGUGAGGCCGGCAUGGCUCUCACUUUGCAUAGCGACGAUGAGAGCGGCGCUGAGGAGGAUGAGGAGGACCAAGAAGCCAUUGAUGGAAUGGCCGAUUCAGACCUUUUCUUCCUCGACUCCGGUGCUCCCACAACAACAGACAUCAUUCCCUCCGAGGCCUCGGAUGCUGAAGAAGAGGAGGAAGAGGCCGAGCCCGCCGUGUGGUACGAUAGUGAUGACGACCGCCUCGCCGUAUCGCUAGCAAGCCAGGCCCGCCUGCGCAAACUGCGCACCACCGAAUCAGAAGAUGUGGUUAGCGGCAAGGAAUAUAUCCGUCGCCUGCGCAGGCAAUUCGAGCAACUUCACCCAACACCCGAGUGGGCUACCCCCGAGCUGGCACCGAAGCGCCGUAAGACCGACUCGGACUCGGAAAGCGAUAUCGAGUCAGACGAUGAGAACGAGCAGCUGUCUAUGCAGCCCUUGGCCAAGCUCCUCCAGAACGCCUCCGACCUAACCCGCAUAGAAGACAACGCAAAGUCAGGCGGCAAGCGCAAGUUGCGACAAGAGGUUCUCGACAUUCAGAGACUGAAGGACGUUGGCAAAUCCCAACCGUCCUCUGUCGACUCUCUGACCUUCCACCCCCACUACCCCCUCCUGCUCUCCUCUGGGCCAGCCUCGACCCUCUUCCUGCACCACAUCUCCCCCUCCGCACCUGCACCAAACCCGCUCUUAACCUCCCUGCACAUCAAGCGCACACCAAUCCACACGUCAGCCUUCGCCCCACCAACAGGCAACAAAAUCUUCGCGUCCGGACGCCGCCGCUACUUCCACAUCUGGGACCUGGACACCGGCAAAGUCGACAAAGUCAACGGCACCUCAGACCGCAAACAAGAACAAAAAUCCAUGGAACGCUUCAAGCUCUCCCCUUGCGGCCGGUAUAUCGGCCUCGUCGGUACAUCCCGCAAAGGAGGCGGUCUAAUCAACGUCCUAGACGCAAACACAGCGCAAUGGAUAGCGCAAGUGCGCGUCGAUGGCCGCGGUGGUGUAGCCGAUUUCGCCUGGUGGUCCGACGGCGAGGGUAUGACAGUAGCAAGCAAGAACGGAGAAGUAUCAGAAUGGGACGGCCGGAUUGGUCGCGUCGUCGCACGCUGGGUUGACGCCGGUGCAGUGGGCACAACAGUGCUCGCUCUGGGCGGACGAUCCGGCCGUGCCCAUUUCGGCGGAGAUCGCUGGAUUGCCAUCGGUUCUUCCAGUGGUGUUGUCAAUAUCUACGACCGACGGGAAUGGGCGACUGCCUACGCCAAUGCUUCUGCUGCGGAGCGCGAGGCUGCUGCUCAAGUUGGAAUUCCGCGUGCGCCUACGCCUGCACGUAUCUUGGAUCAGCUUACUACACCUAUCAGUCACCUUGUCUUCGCGCCUGAUGGGCAGAUGAUGGUGAUGGCUAGUCGGUGGAAGCGUGAUGCUCUCAGACUUGUUCACCUUCCUACUUGCACGGUUUACCGUAACUGGCCUACGUCCAACACGCCUCUUGGUCGGAUUUCGUCUGUGGCAAUCUCGCCUAACUCUGAGCAGUUGGCUGUUGCUAAUGAGCAGGGCAAUAUCCGUAUGUGGGAGAUUCGGGGGUAG